CCUGAAUCAGACAAGUGAAAGAAAGACGACGAUACGAAGAACAAGGGAAGCGGAAACCCAAAGGAAGGAAAAAGAAGUAAAAAGAAAUGAGCAAAUCGAAAGGCAUAGAUAAUGAAGCUUCCCAAAUAUUUGCUAGCUGCUCCUUUUCAAGCCUGGGUCUCCAACCCACCUUAUGUGAGCAGCUUCGAGAAAGACUGGGUUUUGAAGCCCCAACAACAGUACAAGCUCAAGCCAUCCCUGUUAUUCUCUCUGGCCGUCAUGUACUUGUUAAUGCGGAAACAGGUUCUGGAAAAACCAUUGCCUAUUUAGCUCCCAUUAUUCAUCACUUGCAUGGUUACAGUCCCCGAAUUGAGCGUUCUCAUGGUACUUUCGCGUUGGUACUUGUACCAACGCGUGAGCUAUGCUUGCAGGUUUAUGAAAUUCUGCAGAAGCUAUUGCACCGUUUCCAUUGGAUUGUUCCUGGUUAUGUAAUGGGUGGCGAAAACAGGAAUAAGGAGAAAGCCAGACUGCGCAAAGGCAUUUCUGUUCUUAUUGCAACUCCUGGACGCUUGUUGGAUCACUUGAAGAAUACAUCAUCUUUCUUGCAUAAAAAUUUGCGUUGGAUAAUCUUUGAUGAAGCAGAUAGAAUACUGGAACUGGGCUUUGGCAAAGAUAUCCAAGAGAUACUAGAUAUUUUGGGUUCUAGGCAAAGCAAAUCUGCUGAAAAGGGGGAAACCCCUGGGUGUCAGAGGCAGAACUUGCUAUUAUCAGCAACUUUAAAUCAAAAAGUAAACCAUCUUGCUAAAAUUAGUUUAGAAAAUCCAGUUAUGAUUGGUCUUGAUAAUAAGAAGAUGCAACCAGAUCUAUCCCUUGAUCAAACUGGAUCCCUAGGGUCAAAUUUGGAUGAGGAAUUUGAUAACACAUGUGAGAUGGUGAGUACUUCUGGUUCUGCAGACUAUAAGCUUCCUGCUCAACUGAUUCAGAGAUAUAUUAAAGUAUCCUGUGGUUCACGACUUGCUGUACUUCUAUCCAUUUUAAAAUAUCUUUUUGAGAGAGAAGCUUCCCAAAAGGUUGUAGUAUUCUUCUCAACAUGUGAUGCAGUUGACUUUCACUACACGUUGCUGAGUGAAUUCCAGUGGUCACCCUAUUCAGAAGCAGAAACAGAACUUAAGCAGAUGUUCCUGCGAUGCAAAACUUUUCGAUUACAUGGGAAUAUGAAGCAAGAAGACAGGCGAACCACCUUUGGGGCAUUUAAGACUGAAAAAUUAGCUCUUCUCUUGUCUACAGAUGUUGCUGCAAGGGGAUUGGAUUUUCCAAAAGUAAGAUGUAUCAUACAGUAUGAUUCUCCAGGGGAGGCUACUGAAUAUGUGCAUAGAGUUGGUCGGACUGCUCGACUAGGUGAAAGAGGCGAAUCAUUGUUAUUUCUACAACCGAUUGAAAUAGAUUAUUUACAAGACCUGGAGAAGCAUGGUGUCUCCUUGACAGAGUAUCCACUUCUCAAAGUAUUAGAUGGUUUUCCAUUGUAUGGUCAUGUGCUCCGUGGAAAGAAGUUUGUUUUACUGGAAUCACAUCCUUGGGUGCUGUUGCUGCAGAAGGAACUUGAAUCAUUUAUUUCAGCUGAGCCAAGGAUUAAGAAGCUAUCGAAGAAUGCAUUUUGCUCUUGGAUCCGUGCAUACACAGCCCAUCGUGGUGAGCUAAAAAGAAUUUUCAUGGUGAAAAAACUUCAUCUAGGACAUGUUGCAAAAAGCUUUGCAUUGAAGGAGCAGCCAUCAUUGGUUGGAAAAUCAGAGUCCAAGAAGAGGAAGAAGGAUCAUAAGCAGAAAGGACUAUCAAAAAGAAGGAAGAUUACUGGUAAAGCAUGAAGGUGGAACAUGAAGAAAUUGAAAUUAAGUGGCAAAGUUACAAGUUGCAACGCAGAUGCUCAGCUUGUACCUUGUACCAAAGGAUCAACACAAAUGAGGCAGUUUCAGGCAAUUGACCUCAUUGGACCCAGUAACUUGUGCAAAUAUGCUGCCUCUUUAUCUUUAAUUUUAUUUGUUAUUGGGGCUUAUGGAUAUUCAGUCAGGUAACAUUAAGCAUAUAUAAUGUAUGUCUACAACCAUAGGUCUUGUUUUUUUCGUUUAUUUAUGCCAAUCCAGUAUUACAGGAAAAAUUUUUGAUUUUGAACUCGGUAUAUUUUGGUCUUACCAAGUUGCCAGGUAAAAACUCAUAAGAUGAGUAUUUUCAUUACUAUUGGAGCACUAUAUUUCCUCG